UAUAACUUAUGUAGGGGGCAAGGUUUGUAGAGACUAAUUUGGUAUAGAAAAUGUUGAGAAAUCAAAAUUAUGAUUAUCACAAAAGGAAAUUAGAUGAAAUUUAAUCGGAGUAAUGAUUUUUUAAUAUGGUAAUAGUAAGAAAGCAAGGUAUGCUUUUAAGGAUUUACCUAUUUUAAGUAAAACAUAACAAAUUAAAGAGUAAUCUUCUAGAUUUUAGAAAUCAGAAUAAAGAAAAAGAAUAGAUGAAUAAAAUUAAUAUCUCAGUUCACAUAUAAUUGAAAUAUAAGAAGGUAAGAACUCUUAAUUCAGAUCAAUUUGGACCGUUUAAAAUUUAAGAGAGAAAGCAUAUGUAAGCGAUUUCAAGAAUCUUUUUAGGCUGACACUUCUUAAUGGUGUGAAAAUACUUUAGGUAAAAGACUUCAUUCCCCUUUAAGAAGGAAAUAAUAGUAAAAGAUAGAUGAAGAAAAUUAAGAGCUACAAAAAAGGCUUUAAUUAACGAAAUAAAUCUUAUUAGAAAAGUAACAAGAAUAAAUAUCUAAAUAUGAAAAGCUUCGGGAUCAUAUGACGAGAGUAUUAAAGACAUAUUUACUAGAUUAAAACUAAAGGACCUAAUUCUCCUAUGAUGAGUACUUAAUUUCCAUCAGUAAAGAGUAAAAGUACAAUACAAUUUAUGAACAAACCAUAAUAAUCUGAUUCAAUAAUAUAGAACAGUAAUUUGUUAAAGUCUGAUAUCAAUUUAAGCAAAAUAUCGAAAAUAAUAUGA